AUGGCUUACUCGAGCGAUAACUCCCCCGGUCGGGGGGUUCUGAUCGCAUUACUUUCAGCCUUUGGAUCUGCUGCCUUUGUCCUGCUAGUAAUCGCUGUAAUAUAUUUCCUAAGAUUUACAAACCGAGGAAGAAUAUUAUUGGAUAGACUGGGCAGACCGGGUGAGUUCGACGAUGAACAGGCAUUCCUCAGGGAGGAGGCCGAAGCAUUAGAAAUCAUGGAUGAAAUGGACCGACAGGAGUAUUGGAGAGCCAGAGCAUUUAUCGAAGCCAAUCCGCCAGAUUCUAUACCUACCGAUAUCUCACUUUCUCAAUUCCUCGCCAUUCAAGAAAAGGGUGUAUCUGCCUGGGAAUUCGAGGCAGAACUGGAAAUUGCCAACUGUUUCGUUGAAGCCCGUACUGAAGUCGAGUUUUAUGACACCGAGUGUUCCGUUCAAAGCAACCUCCCUGUUCCCAAGCAGAACGAGGUCUACUACUGGGAGUGCAAGAUCUUUGAGAAGCCAGAGACGACACUUGUGGCUAUCGGAAUGACUACAAAACCAUACCCUAUGUUCAGACUUCCCGGUUAUCACAAACACUCUGUAGCUUAUCUCUCCGACGGCUCACGACGAUAUAACCAACCAUUCAACCCGACCCCUUAUGCCAACCUUUUCCGACAGGGCGACGUUAUUGGCGUUGGAUACCGACCAAGGACUGGUACGAUUUUCUUCACACGCAAUGGUAAGAAGCUGGAUGACGUGUGCCACGGAUUGAAAUCGCACAACUUUUUCCCAACUGUCGGCGCGAAGGGUCCUGCAAAACUACACAUCAACUUUGGGCAACUCGGAUUCGUUUUCAUUGAAGCAAAUGUUAAGAAGUGGGGCUUGGCUCCGAUGACCGGAAGUCUCGCGCCGCCACCCCCGUACGGAAAUGAAGCCGGAAGCAUCCUCUUGGAAAGCGGUAGAGCCGGUGUCCGUGAGGGCGAAAGUUUGAUGGACGCCCGAGCAUUUGCACAACACCACCAGGCUAUUGCAUCUCAGAACCUCCCCCAACUGACUACGAACGUUCAUCCACCAUCACCAGGAUCUGCGUCCGGCAAACGAAAGAGCAAGAAAUCACACAAGUACACACAAUCCCAGCCGCGAAAUCUGCCGCCUACUAGCCCUGGUCCAGUUCGCAGUCCAACGGAAAUCAGCCUGGCCCCGAUCAAUCCGUCGCAGCCCCCUCCUGAGUACACUAGCGGCGGCGAGGAUGAGGAUAGCAGUGAUGAUACAGAUGGUGGCUACAGUGACGAACGAAGGAGAUUACUCGGACCCUCCACGAGCAGCAAUAGAGUCCAGACUCGAACACGAAGCCAGAGCGAAGCAGUAAUCCGACGAGUCUCGCCUCCAAUCCCUAGUUAUGGUGAAGUCAUGUCGUCUAGAAGCAACGGCGGCGAGGGCCCGAGCGCCACUCGUUGA